AUGCUGUCGGCGUUAUUUCUUUGUUUUACCCUCCUGUUAUACGCCUCAGAUGUUUUCGCUGCUCCUCAACCAUCGCCCGCCGGUAACGGGAUUUCGAUGAAUCUACAUAGACGACGUCCCUCGUACCGUACGAGGGAAGAGUGGGGCCAAUGGGCGAGGAACAAGAGGGAGAUGUUGAUGACGAAGUACGGUGCUUCAGUACCCCAAAAGCGCAGUUCGGGCAGCAAUUUAUUGGUCAACCAGAAUACCGACUCGAGUUUUUACGGAUCUUUGGCCAUUGGCACUCCUGCCGUUUCAUACGAUGUUAUACUGGACACGGGUUCUGCUGACCUGUGGGUCGCUGACAGCGACUGCGUAUCAGGAUGCAGCAGCAUACCCACAUUUAACACCGCCGACUCGAGUACAUUCGUAAAUAAAAGCACAGAUUUCUCUAUAUCGUAUGGUAGCGGCAGUGCCUCUGGCUUCUUGGGCUCUGAUACUGUCCAAAUGGCCGGUUUCUCCGUGUCAGAUCAGGUCUUCGCGGUGUGCGACACAGUAACAUCUGGGUUGCUGACCGAUCCUGUCUCUGGUCUUUUGGGCCUGGCCUGGGAGUCAAUAUCGACGUCGGGAACUACUCCCUUCUGGCAAGCGUUAGUCGCGGGAGGUGCUUGGGAUGAGCCUGUAAUGUCGUUCCAGCUGACACGCUAUCUCGGAGUCACCGGUGCUAGUAGCCUCGAACCUGGAGGAACCUUCACCAUGGGCUUCGUCAACUCGACAUUGUAUACUGGAGAUAUCGAAUAUACGGAUUUGGUCGACUCCGGAAGUUAUUGGCUGUUGUCUCUGACCUCUCUGACCGCUCAGGGGACCUCCGUGACCAUAGGCUCCGGCUCAGAAGCCUAUGCGGCAAUCGACACUGGCACAACCUUAGUUGGGGGUCCUUCCGAGUAUAUUGCUAAUCUUUAUGCGGAAAUACCUGAUGCGACUGCGGGUACCGGUGACUACGAUGGAUAUUAUAUAUAUCCUUGUGAUACCGAUGUCAAUGUGACGAUGUCCUUUGGUGGAAAAAGCUGGUCCAUCAGCAACCAGGAUUUCCAGCUUACCAAGAUAUCGUCAUCGGAGUGCCUGGGCGCCUUCUUCGAAUUGACUACCGGAAAUAGCGCACCUGCUUGGAUUGUUGGCGAUACUUUUUUGAAAAAUGUUUACUCGGUAUUCCGAUACAGCACCGCAGCAGUAGGGUUUGCUGAGCUGAGCAGUUACGCAUUGUCUAUGAAUGGCGAUACGAGUGCUACAGUGCCCACUGCGACCAUCGGUUCAGUUGCAGCAGCUGUAUCAGCAACAAGCAAAUCUGGGGUACAAAGCAAUUAUGCAAGCCGGACGUCUCUGGGUGCCGGAACACCGAACACCGUGUAUCUGCCUUGGAUCUCAAAGUUUCCGGAGAAUAAACCAGAGUAA